GAAAUUGUCUGGAGACACAUCAGAGUUUACAUCAAGAUAGGCUAAAAUAAAUUCGGCUAGGUUCUAAAUUCAGUUUUGACGUCACUCACCCCCUGUGAGGAUCUGACACAGCUAACGGACUGAACCUUUUUGAACAAGAGGACGAAGCACAUGGCUUCUCUACCAGCGCCUCUGGCAUGGCUCGUAUACUGACGAUCAGGAAGAGGAAGACUUUUCUUUCCUAUACGGCACUCGUCUUGUGUAUUCUGGUUGUAUUGUGGCAGUUAAACGUCAAUUUUUUCAUUGGCAAACACUCGUUGCCGGCUUCAGAUUAUAGCCCUGCUGUGUUAGUUGCUUGCCGACAAAAAAAUCAAACGCUUGAUUUGCUGAAUGGGUUAACUGAUACUAAAUCCAUCAGAAGAUAUAAACAAGCCGAAUUAUUACGAACAGCGAGGUUAAAUUUUCGCGGUACAAAUGCCCCAGUGAAAGAAGGAAAAGUGGGAUUUGUAAAUUUCCAUUUGUGGGACGAAUUGUGCGGAAAUGACUUGAGAACGUUGUUGUACUUCCCACUUUUUCCAAAUAUCCCUGAAAGUAGAAAGCUUCACGAUGGCUUGAGUUUUUCCAAGAACGGGAAGCACCAUGGCAAGCGAGUGUUUGGUUUCAUCGCGGCUCCAAAGGCAGCGAAAUACACGUUUCGCCUAGAUUCAAGUGGAAGCUCUGAGCUCUGGCUAAGUACAGAUGAAGACCGCGCAAACGCGAACUUGGCUUGUGCGAUCCGUUAUGGAGGCGAAUCGCCAGAGUCAGAAAGAUCUUAUGAUGUUCACUUAAAGGCUUCGCGGCUGUACUAUUUUGAUUUAAUUCACAAACAAGGGGACUUGUUAUUUCGUGAUUUUAUUAACGUUCAAUGGCGCAUUGGUGAUGGCGAGGUAUUCACGGAUAUUCCAUCAGAAUACCUAAAAUCUCUACAUGAUGACACCGAAAUAAGCGAUAAUACUGUAAACACGAACACGUUUUUACCCACAGGGCUUCACCAUAAAAAACCGGCAAAAAGUGAACGAGAAAUAUUAUGGGAAAAAGUAUCAAAAUACUCAUUUAUGAAUCAACGUGAUAUUGUGAACCUCUUCCCUACAUGCGCUUACAAACCAAACUACUUGAUAAAACACCAAUUAUCGCUUUUCGCUUCUCUGUGGGAACAUGUUUAUACAGCUGUUUAUCCUUCAGACAAGUCCAAUCGGACAAUGAAUACCGGAGUAAUCUGCUUUGGAAAUGAUAUUAUGGAUAAGACUCGAGCCUUUCGGGUUGCUAGAUCUGUUGUAGCAGCAAUUGAAAGGGAGCAUGGCGGGAAAUAUACUUUUAAAGACAUUCUAAAUGUUGAGCAGAAGCAGUCCCGGUACUUUGUUGAGCUGUUAUUCAAGGAAAACGCCUCAGGAAAGAUUGUGCGCUUCUCAGAAUAUGUUUACCAACAAGAGUCUGGAGAAUUAUGCUAUCCAGAAGGAUUUGUUUGGAACAGGAAAGCAAUGGUAAACUUACUUGUCAUAUCUGGCCGUAACCAAGCUAAAUGGGUAUACCAUUUCAUCAACAACAUCCAAGAAAUUUACAAACAAACUGGAGAUGAGAACAUCAAUGUGAUUAUUGUGGACUUUUUGAGCCCUAAUGCUGACUUAAAAGCAGCAUUGGAGGAAAGUUCUCUUCCAAAUUAUUCUCUCUUGGAAAACAUCUCUGGUUUUCAAAAGUCUUUAGGGAUCCAGCAAGCAGUAAAUCAUGGAGUAACAGACCAAGACAGUAUUGUGGUUGUGAUGGAUUUACAUUUACAAGUCCCUGCUUCAUUUAUUGAAGAUGUACGAAAGCAUAGCAUCAAAGGAAGACAAGCAUUCUCACCUGUGAUUGAGCGACUACAGUGUGGUAGUAUGCAGCAUGGCCUUGAUGACUUUGGGGCUUUCUGGGAGUUCCAUGGGUAUGGUAUUGUGGGGAUUUACAAGCAAGAUUGGGACCGUUUUGGGGGAAUGAAUUAUGAGAUGUUUAAGGAUAAAUGGGGUGGUGAAGACAUAGAGAUGGUAGAUCGUAUACUCAUGGCCGGAAUAGAACUAGAGAGGAGAAAAGUCAUAGGUUUCUCCCACUAUUUUCAUACAAAGAAAGGCAUGUGGAACAAUAGAUCAUGAACUUAUAGUAAAAACUAAUCAAAUCUAAUAAUUCAAGAGAGGAACAAAAAGUCCUGGUCCAGAGAUAUACAGGAAAAAUAAAUAUAGAUAUAUACAGAAAAAAAUAAUUUAAAAGACUUCGUGUUUGUGACCAAAUUUGGAGAAUAUAUUAUGGGUGCUUGCAAAAGUCGACUAUAUUUUGACUUUAAAUUAAUUCUUAUUGAUACUGCCUGUACCAUUAUGUACAAAUGAACCAAGGAUUUACGUAACAUAUUAAAUACAGUCCUACUAUUUUAAAGUGUUUUGCUUCAUACCGUUGAGCUGUACUUGAAAUCAACACUAGCUAUUUAAUUUCAUGGUCAUAAGCACACAGACUUUUGGUGUGGUUCUCGAUUUGGCCAGGCUGUAUUUCUAACUGAAAACUACUUAUUUUGGAAAAUGGUAUUUUGUAUUAUAGGUAUCUUAUAUUUAUUUAGUUAUUAUAAAAUAGUUUUGUGAUAUGUGGGUGAAAUCAAAGCCAUAUAAUUUACAUUUAUCGUUUACAUUGUAUUUAAAUAGCUUGAAAGGGUUAAAUAUUCAGAUCAAAUCAGGCAAGUUCGGUAGCUAGAGGUUGUAAGGCACAAAACACUCUAGUCCUUGUAGCAGUGUUUUCUUUAAGCAAUGUUCAGUGUUAAAACUGAGGGAAAAAGCUAUUUAUAAAUUAUUUUUCAUCUUCUAUAUGUUCUGCUGCAUGCCUGGUCCCAUGCGUGGAAGCUGAUUAAGCUUGUCACAGGAGAAUGGGACUUUGCCUAGUUCGGGACCGUUUUGGAGGAAUGAACGAGAUGUUUAAGGAUAAAUAGGGUGGUGAGGACAUAGAGAUUACAGAUCGUAUACUCAUGGCCAAAAUAGAUUUAUAGAGGAGGAAAAUCAUAGAUUUCUCUCACUAUUUUCAUACAAAGAAAGGCAUGUGGAUCAUUAGGUCAUGAACUUACAGUAAAAGCUAAUCAAAUCCAAUACUUCAAGAGGAGCACUGAAAGUCCUUGUCCAGAGAUAUAUACUUGUCA